AUGAAUCAAUCUACUGAAAAAGCCACUGUAGCCGAGGUUGACUCCGGGGUUGAAAUGACUCCGGCCUUGAUUGCGGAGCUUCAAUUUUUGCUGCCCUACAUUUCGAAUGAAAGCUCGGAGUCAGAGAUUCGGAGUCCUGAUGAGUCUUUGGAUAAAAGUGUUGAAGCAAAUCAAUCCUCUCCAAAUCUGCAGGCGAUAUUGGCGGCACUGGAGUCAUUUGACACACCAUUGCCGCCAAGAACUAUCGACUUCGUAUUCAUGCGAUUUAUCGUUUCGAAUAUGAAGAAGAUAGAAAGCGAGGAGGAGAGGACCGAAUUUAAGGAGUGGGUGGUGGCGGAAGCGCGGCAUAUUGCAAAUCGUGCCGGAGGCGAAUCGGAGUCACCCGUGCCACUAGCGUCCUCAUCAUUUGUUGGUGUAGAUGAUGCUCUAGGGCGUUUGUCUAUUACGGAUGAGGAGCUGGGGGAUGAUGUCGAUGUGCCGGUGUCAAGCUCCAGGACCAAGACCAGCCAUGAUAGUUUGGCGAACGACGAAACGUUCGGCAGAAUGGUAGCCGACUACAUGGAUGGUCUUGGUGACUGGAGCAAAUUAGAUUUAAUGGGGAGGAUAAUUGGGCACAUAAGCCAUUAUAUGUUUAAGAUUAAAAAAAAAUAAAAUAAAAUAAAAUUU